AUGCCUCGCAAAGCAGCAACUGCCGAAGACUCUACUGUCGCACCUCGUCGGUCGGCUCGCAUCCGAGAUAUCCCCAAGCCUGCUGAGCCCGCUCCGGCUACAAUAAAGAAGGCCACUAAACCGCGGGCGAAGAAGACUAAGGAAACCGACGCCAACGGUGAUGCAGAGCAUACCACAGAUGCGGAACCCGAUGUGAAGGAGAAAUCAAAAGCUUCCGCACGCGGUAAGAAGAGAAAGGCAGCAGAGAAGGAUGCUGACGCCGCUACCGAGCCUGCCGCUAACGGUGCUGAUGAUGGCGAGGCUGCGCCACCCCCGGCCAAGAAGGCCAAGCCUGCGUCCAAGGCUAUUGAGAAGCCUGCAUCCAAGGCUGUUGAGAAACAUCCUUCUAAAGCUGCAGAAAAACCUGCAUCUCGCGCCAUGAAACCCGCCUCUAAACCCGCCGCUAAACCACUCUCCAAGGCUACGUCUAAGCCCACAUCCAAGGCUGCUUCGAAGCCCCCCUCGCGUGCUGCAUCAGCUAAGCCACCUUCUCAGACCAAACCUGCGUCUCGCGCAGGAUCAAGAAAACCGGCUUCAAAAGCCGAAGGUGAUAAACAAGAACCCGCAGUCGCACCUCAGGAGACUAUUGCUGAAGAAACAGAAGAAGAAGCCAACGCAGCUGAAGCAGCCGUUGAGGUCUG